GGAGAACAGACGCCGCUGGCGAGGAUGGUGCUGGAGAGCAUGGCCCGCAUUGUGAAAGUGCAGCUCCCAGCGUAUCUUAAGCGGCUUCCAGUCCCAGAAAGCAUUACCGGGUUUGCCAGGCUCACAGUUUCAGAAUGGCUUCGGCUGUUGCCUUUUCUCAGUGUACUUGCACUACUUGGCUACCUUGCAAUUCGUCCAUUCCUCCCGAAGAAAAAACAACAAAAGGACAGCUUGAUUAAUCUUAAAAUACAAAAGGAAAAUCCCAAAGUGGUGAAUGAAAUAAAUAUUGAAGAUUUAUGUCUUGCUAAAGCAGCUUAUUGUAGGUGUUGGCGUUCUAAGAUGUUUCCUGCUUGUGAUGGUUCACAUAAUAAACACAAUGAAUUGACAGGAGACAAUGUGGGUCUACCAAUACUGAAGAAGAAAGGAGUAUAA